AUGUCCAAGCGCCAACGCGAUGGCCACGAUGGCGCUGGAAAGAAAGUAGCCAAGAUUCGGUUCAAGAAGCUCGUCCGAUCCGUGAUACUGAACAUGCAGUGGCUAAGUGAAAUUCCCGAUGAGGGAGGAAUAUCGCUGAAUGUGAAGAAGAACGUUGCCAUGCUGCGGCAGAAGCGCAAAGUGGGCAUGAUGACCAUGGCCGAGAAAUCAUUGCUGCGCACUCCGCAUGCCAAGCGUACCGUCGAUGAGAGGAAGAAGCUAUGCACCAUUGUGGCAAAUCUAGCUUGCUUUUCAAAAUUUCCGCCAAAAGUUCGCGCCCGUCUUGUUCCGAUUGUCAAAUUCAUGGCAAUAACUCCCGGGCGCAUUGUCAUGAAGGAGGACGAUUUUCCCGUAACCAUUUACUUUAUAAUCGCCGGUGAGGUGGAAAUGUCUAAGAACGUAUAUAUAAAGGGCUCCAAUCAUCCUACCUUACAAACGGAGGCCAUUUUUGGACCCGGGGAUUGCAUUGGUGAUAUUGACGUGAUGGAAGAUACACCCAGAACCAACACCUUUAUUGCCACAACUUAUUGCGAACUGCUGGCUGUAUUCAGUAAGAACUAUAAAAUUGUUCUCCUACCGUUUAUGCAAAAGAUGUGGCAGGAAAAGAAGAAUGCUCUGCGGGCCCUUGACUAUUUUGACUUUCUCAACGACGACCAGAUUGUGAAUGCCAGUAAGUACGGAUCAAUUCAGCAAUUCGAUCCUUUGGAGACGAUCUACACCGAAGACUUGGGCACCAUGAGCUAUGUCUAUUUUGUCCUUAGCGGGGAAUGCGUAGUGCUCCAAUGCCUUCACAUGAAGGUCGACAUAGUGAACCGGGAAAAGGUGUUCCAGCUGCCAAAGGCUUUUAAUUUGAAAACUGGACCUCUCCUGGAUGAUGACACAGGAGGUCCAAUCGAUAACGAGCCGCUCUUUGAUAUUAGCGAGUACAUGCAAUCGACUUCAUCGCUGGAUGAAAACGAACAGAGCAAGAAAAGGAAGCUGCGCAAAAUGGGACUUCAGGAGAUACAGCGUGUCUGCGAUGAAUUAAAGAAACCGAUAUCUAGGAGAUCCACCAAGGAAUCAGCACGCCAACGGCUGCGAGUGCGUCAGCGUGGGCGGGACACAGAACGUCAGAUAAAGCGAAAGCAUUAUGAGUUCUACCUAAUGGGCAACGGUGCUGAAUCAGACCUUAUAUCUGAGGAUCUUAGCGAGGACUUAUAUAGUGAUAAUUCUGAUAUGGAGGAGCCGACAAUUUCAGCAGUCGCCAGCAAAAGUGGCGAAUUCGAGAGCCAAUCGGAGGGUUCCGAAGUAUUCACUGCAUCCAGCACUUCGAAUCAGGGAAAUGUCGAAGAAACAAACAGACAGGAAAGAUAUGAAACGCAUUUUAUUGACGUCGGCUCUCUGACAUUCGGUGGUAUUUUUGGGUUGGGCGAGAAAAUGGAACAUCGUGUGAUUAUGGCAAGGACCACGGUGCAAUGCAUCGUGAUACCACGCUUUUGGCUUUUUGAGCCCGCCCAAAAUCCCGGUAACUAUUGGCAGCGCCAGCGUUUCUACAUCGAGUGCAAUAUUCCAACCAGGGCGGAUUUGUUCAGGGACUUUCUCAAGACACGAAAAUGGGAAAGAUUCAGACGUGACUAUAUCAAUAGCAUACUCAAGAGCGAGUCAUUGGCCAACUUUACAAAGCAUGAAGAUAUACCGAUAAUAAGUCACAUUGUGGAGACGAAAUCUGAAGACAAUUAAGUUCGUCUUCAAUUUACUUGCCACUUGAAUAUAUUUAUACAUUUCCAACUUUU